CUAUUCUAAAAAAUAAUAUAGAUGAGGCGAUUGUGGCGGCCAGUUCCUGUUUAUCGCAAUUUCGUAAAGAAUUAGCAGAAGCUAGAGUUGAUCCUGAGCAAAUUAAUACAUAUGCCAAAUUACCAAAUGUUACUCGAGCUUCUAACAAAAUUCAGAAGAGAAAACUUGAACGGGAAUUAAUCAGUCGACCUAAAACGCCUAAACACUUCUCCUUAGAAGAGGGGCUUAGAAGACUUCAGAAUAUCCGUACCACUAAGACCCCCACUCUAAAAGAUCUCGCAGAUGUGAUCAUGAUGUUAAGUAUGAGACCCACUGAAGUAACUACUCUUCGCAUUAUCCAUUAUGAGCCUGACGAAUCAAAUCCUCCGGAAUG